AUGGCUCUUCAUCUUUCAUUAGUUAUUUUUGCAAUUGUUGCUUUGUUGUCUCCGACGAACUCGUCGGCUACAGAAUUCAUAGUCGGCGGUGAUAAUGGGUGGAAACUAGGAGUUAAGUACGACAAAUGGGCUAAAGACAAACACUUCUUUGUUGGAGACACUCUCGUUUUCAAGUACAAGGCUGGAGUUCACAAUGUAUACAAAGUGAACGGAGAUGACUUCAAAAGCUGCACCGUUCCAUCAAACAAUAGCUUGGGCUCAUCCACCAGAAACGAUACGAUUAAGUUGGCAACCGCCGGCAACAAAUGGUACAUUUGCGGCACUAACGGCCAUUGCGACGGUGGGAUGAAGCUUAAGAUCAUCGUGCUAGACGGUGCUGCCCCAGCUCCAGCUCCUAGCACUGCUUCAACUUUAUUAGCGACAAAUUUCCAGAUCUUUUUAGGGAUGAGUUUCAUCUUUAUCGCAAUUGUAUUGGUUAAUUAACUAAAAUUAUUGUCUCAAUGAGCUUCAUUCAUACCACUUU